GAAAAACGUUUGUUUUCAACCAAGAGAAGGAAGCGUCUCUAAGCUUCGCCGCAGCCCCGUUGUUAAAAAAGAACGGUUUGAAUAGUUGUUUUAAAAAUUGGUAGACUUUUGACAAUUCUUUCUUAGCUCGCCAUGGCUCUGUGUGGGGGUGUCGGAGCCAUGGCUUUGCCCAGCGAGCUUAUCGUGCACAUAUUUUCCUUUCUGUCCGACCGAGACAAGCUCCGGGCCUCGGCUGUGUGCUCGCGAUGGAGGGAGUGUCUGUUUUACCCCGCGUUGUGGACCGAGCUCAAGCUACGGAUAGGCGGCGGCUGCGGUGGUUCAAACUCCGACGAAAGCCCGAAAUUGGAGUUUCUCAUGAGGAAGUUUGGGUCCUUCGUGCGGGAGCUGCAGCUGGAAAUCGCACCGGUGGAAGGCAACCUCAGCUCCUUGAGCAACGACCCGACCUCCGCCAGGAUGGAGCAGCCUCAAGAUGCCGACGGCAACCCGCAGCUGUCGGAGAGGUGGAAGAACGCUACGUCCACCUACUUAGACCAGGUUCUGUGUGUUCUCACCAGCAUUCGAAACAAUAGACACUUGCAGAACCUCAGUCUAUAUGGAGACACCUUUAUUCUCCAACAGGAGGGACUGCUGGACAGCUCAAACCUGCAUCAAAUUCACCUGGGAGACAAAAAGAUCAACGAAAUCCAGCGUCUGUUUAUGGAGUUUCUGUCCAACAGCAGGCAGCUGAGAUGGCUGUCCUGUAGCUUCAUGCUGGGUCUGGUGACCCCCUGCUCCUUAGCCUGUCUGUCAAACCCUUCUGCAGAGACCCUUCACCACCUCAGUUUGUUGGACCAUCAGCUGGGUCCCCUCGUCUCUCCGUCAGAGUUGGAUCGUUUUUCCACCCUUCAUUCUCUGGCUCUUGAUUUCUCCGACUUCAAAUCUGAGCUCUGUGUUUUGUUGGCUUCACCUCGGAGAACCCCACUCCAUCGCCUCUCCCUGUUGCUCAACGGUGCUGCCCUGGAGUUUAAAGGAUUGGAAGGAACGGCGACUGAAGAUGACUGGAAGUCAUUGGUUCGUGUAAGUGCCAACCUGCGAGUGUACAUCAUGGCUCUGGAGGUGGACAGCUCGGAACUCCUUAGGGUCUUAAAGCCAAGCCUUCCCCUGGAGCGUCUUCACCUCGACAGUUACAGCACACUGGUGACUGAUGGCACUUUGGAGCUCAUCUCCCAGCAGUAUAACAAAACGCUGACUCACUUACUGCUGCUAAGGGACGGCCCUGACUUCCCAGACCUCAGCGUCAAUCGCAACGAAGACCCGUUGGUUCUCUUGGCUUGGAGAUGUACUCAGUUGGCUGUCCUGGUCAUACAUGGUUACAUUGUGUGGUCCCAUAACCUGGUGGCCAUCUCAAGGCUGCGAGGUUCCAGUCUGCGUACGCUAACCGUCUCUGAGGAGAGCAUCGACUUCGACCCCGACCAGUCUCUGUACAUAGAGGGAGAUCCCGUACACAACCUGGUCAAGGAGGUUUCACUGGGCCUUGGCCGCGUCUGGCACCCUUGCCUGGAUUCCAGCGUUGUUUUGUCCGAACCCACCCAACACUUCCAUCGGGAGCUGCACGCCUUCAGCACGGGCAGUUAGGCGGCGGGAGGGGGUUACCAGCGACCCAGCAGCUCCCCGCUGAAACACUGUCAAGACCAGACCAGAUCGUGAACACCAGCCUAAGUCAAACAGUCUACAAAAUUAAAUUAAAUCAACCAAGCUGUUUUUUCC